AUGACAGUCAACAAUACCCAGCAGCAGCCGUACGACCCUGUAGCUGCUCUCACCAGAUAUCUCAACGAACGAAGUAAACCUACUGCGCGAGAGCAGAAGGAGAAACUCACUCCUGAAGGGUACAGAACCCAACGUGCAAAGCUUAAUAAAGCAAGCCCUCGCCAGAGAGAUGCACCCACAACGAAAGAGAACAUCAAUGGCAUCUUGAAUAAAUGGAAAAAGUAUGUCAGGAGAUUUGGCGCCCCUGUGGAUAGAGAUGAUGCUAGAGAUGUCGUACGAUAUAUACUCGCCUUAGAAGACGACUUCGAGCUGGAUCCUGCGCCGAAAGAGAAACCUGUACUAGGAUCUGACGAUGUUUUACUUCUGCUCACCCACCUCUGGGCAAGGGAUACGUCCAUAUUUCCCACCGAGGAUCAACGCCAUUAUCUCGCGACGAUACUGCUCUUGUCCAUCUUCACAGGCGCGCGGCCGGCAGAGCUUGUUGAUGCGAUGAAUCACAACGCUCCCCACAAAUACCCAUGGGAAUGUCUAGACGACCCUGACCUCGAUGGGCGGGACCCAACAGAGAACGUCGACGAUCUCGACGACAAGGAUUUAAAUUCCAAAGACGAGCCAGAUUAUGACCAGCAGCAACCCUGGGACAAUGCUGACGAUGCUGAUUUUCAUGAUAUUGGCGCAGAUAGGAAACCUAAACCGACCAUCUACCUCUUUCGAGAAGAAGAGCUCCCUAUCCUCUGUCCUAUUGCACAUACUGCUAUCGCGCUGAAGGAUGAUGCGAUCUUGGUCGGCGACCGCCCGGAAGGGGCAGCCACGACGGCUGUUCGUGAUCAGAUCAUGAGACAGAACCCAAACUCGGCAGGUUUUAACUCGGCGUAUCUCAAUGAAAAGGUUCGAUUUGAUAUUCAGUCAGCGCUGAUGAAUCGACCAUCCACUGAUGGGCUCACCCUCGCCUUUACGCACAUGGGCCUUACCUGCGAUCCGCGUGCUCCAAAAGAUGUGCCUCAAAGUGUCCGAAAGGCUCUCCCUCCCGACCCUAAAAUAGUGAAGUGGGAGGAAGAACGAAAGACACUUUUCGCAGAGAUCCGCAGUCGAUAUGGGUUCCUGAAUCAGGCGACUGGAACGAAAAUGGGAGAUAUUUACAAGGCGCUUGUUAAGAAUAUUAAGAGGAGGACGAAGAAACGCGAGGAAGACCUCAAGAAGGAAUUCCGACAGCAAUACUUCUACCGCAUUCACAACGAAGAACUGCAGAGGCAGCUGAACAAGGUCAAGUGUAGCGAGUAUGAGGCGCCUGUUAUUUGUCACCAACUACCGGAACGGAUCAGGCUACAGGAGGUCAUCUGCGACUUGUCGACAGAAUUGAGCUCUGAAGAGAUUGUGCGACGCCGGAUCCGCACGAUCGACCUCAUGGUAGCGCUUUGUUCUCAACGGGAGGUACUGCAGCCUAAGCCGUUGGCAGCCGCGAGCCGCGAGAGCUCUAGUGAAAGCUCCUCUACAGCAAUUUUUCUCAUGGAGGAUUGUGCGCUUGAAUCGUCUCCUGAUGCCGAGCCUAUGUCCCUCGAGUUAAAAGACAAGACUCAAUGUAUAUUUUGUUUCGGUAACGGCAUUAAGAAGACUUUCUGCCGCCCAGCGAAGAUGAUGGACCACGUUGAGAGCCACCUGCGCCUAGAGCCUGCGAAAACAGUAGGCUGCCGCCAUCCAGUUUGUAAAGCCGCCGGAUUGGUUCUCGACACUAUUGAAAUAUUCAAGAAUCACGUGCAAGUGGUGCAUGGCAUCACACUUCGGGAUCCACGGUUUGUGCGCUUGACACAAUAG